UGUCAUUUAUGUCAAAUCAUAUGACGUUUGACGUUUCCUAUUUGAAAAAAGAUGAAAAAUUUUCAUUUCAGUAAUUUGCUUUGCGUUAAUGCGUAAAUAAAUGAAUAAAAUGUCGUGUUAAUAAAAACUAAUAGCACAAAAUUUAAGAUGGCUACGAAAUCAAUAGCAAGUGCCACAGUGCGAGCAGUGAAAAAACGAAUAUUGCCAUCCAGAGCAGCACUUAUAUUAACCCCAUCAGCUGUUCAGAAAGUAAAGGAGAUUAUGUCCAAAGAAGAGGCUAAGGGAUUCAUUGGGUUGAAGGUUGGUGUGCGUCAAAGAGGUUGCAAUGGACUGUCUUAUACUUUGGAUUAUGCUUCUACCAAGGGAAAACUUGACGAGGAAGUGAAACAAGAUGGUGUUACUAUAAUUAUCGACAAAAAAGCACAAUUAACAUUAUUGGGAACUGAAAUGGACUUUGUUGAAGAUAAGCUUGCAGCGGAGUUUGUUUUUAAUAACCCUAAUAUCAAAGGCACCUGUGGCUGUGGAGAAUCUUUUAGUAUAUAAUUUUUAAGACUUAAUUUUGUAAUUAGUAGAAUUGUUACUGCCCAAUCAUAUUUUCAUGUAAUUAAUUAAUAAUUAUAUAGUUCUUUUGUUAAAAUGUGAGUGGGCAAGCUUGUAUAUAUAUGUAUAUUAUGUAUUAAUAUUUAAUAUGCAUUGAUGAUUAAUAUAGAUGAGUUCCUUUUCUGUUUUCUAUUUUUUAAUUAGUAGUAGAAAUUAUUUGUAUAUAGAUUGUAAGUUUUAAAGAUUAAAAUAUUUUGUUUCUAAAAUUGA